CCGUACAGCGGAUGGAGUGGACAAACUCCGACCACCAGCUCAUUCUGGUGUACCAGGGCGGCAGCCCACAGAACAAGACCUACUCGAAUAUCACCAUAGUGCGCAAGGGAGACAAGCGAAACUCUAUGGCCUUUGAGAAGAAAGUCGUCGGAUUCUGCUUGUGCAAAGAUUCUCCCUGGGCCCAAGACGCGGCUGCAGUACCGUGUCUGCUGCUGUGCUUCCCCAACGAACUGGUUGCGCUGGAGCUACAGUCGCCCAUUCAGGUGCUGCAGGCACCCUACUGCACGCAAUUGGCUCGGUCUGUUGUAACAACCUACCAGGUCUGCUGGGAUAUCGAUAAAACUUUGAUGAACACACUGCGACUCCUAGGCAAGAAACAGUGCAUUGACACCAUCAGCAAGUCAUGGCCCAUACGAGGCGGCCAGAGAGCCCCCAAACCCAGUCACGCAUCGCUGGACAUAGCCGUUGUGGGUCACAACAACGGCAUUGUGAAGAUCUACGACAUCAGCUCUGCGCUCUCCGUCACUUUGGUGUGUGUGGUGUCGGUGGUAGUGCUGUGUGGACACGCCAACCUGCCCCCACCUGCGGACUGUGGCAUCAAGAGUGUGGAACUACAGCCCAAGAAUAGACACAUGGUGCUGGUCUGCAACAGCGGUGAGGUGCUGCUGCUUUCGUUCGCUCUCUCGGCCGCUACAGUCAGCGUCAAGGUUGCGUCGGCUGUGCUGGAUGAGCCCUGUGAGACUACGAUAGAGAAGGUCAUAGCGCUGUCGAAACCUGCCGCGAAAUUGGAGGUGCCUGGGUCACCCAGUGCGUCCAAGAAAAGCGAAGGGUCGGUAUUAGAUGCGGACACGGAGGUUGAGGCCCCUGCACCUGCACCAGUAGAAGUGGACCUGGAGGCGCCGGUGGUGGACUUUAAGAACAGGUUCAAGAAAGUGAGCCAGGUAACCGCACCACCACCCGAAGUAGAAAUCUCCGGUACAGAUUCGGACGAGUCGAUGUCAGACAGCGAGAGAGCCGACACGGGUGACAGCACUCAGCCCGAGACGGACACGCCAACGGACGCAGCUCCCGAGGCUUCAGCCGCCACAGUCAAGGCCACACCUUCCGCUGCAACCGACACGCGGUCAUACGAAGUGGAGGCCUACAUGCCCCCAGGAUUCCAGCUGGCUCUGUACUUCAAGGGUAUCCUGAACUCGCCCGAGGACGCCACACCCCUUACAGACGGGAUCAUCGCCACCCACAGCUCAGCGUACGCCGCACUGGCUGUGGCCAAUGGCCUGGGGGCUGUGUGUGUGGUAGACACGGCCGAGGGAGAGGUGUUGAUGUGUGAGCAUCUCCUGCAGUCGGCUCAGUUAUUGGGAGAGGCACACCCGCAGUCAGAGAAGCCACCGGCCAAGAUCCAACGGUUGGCAUCAGACACCAUCACGUCGCUGUCGUUCAACGCCAUGUUCCCGUCACCGUCGAGUGAUGCGGAGGCUAAGGUGGACUUAACCACACCCACACCCACACUGUUUAUCACAACGGCCAUGUCGGGUGUUGCGCUGGCCAUGGUAGUGCCCCAUACGUUCUGUAUGCUCACCUCGUUUGACUAUAGCAAAACAGCACAGACUUGGAAGGAUACCAACGUCAUCGCCAAAGGGCUGAACAAUAUAGUAGCGGCUGCGAAGAGCCUGGAAACAAGUUCCAGAUCCCUGGACAAACCUGCGUGCGACAGCAAACCAGUAGUAGACACAGAGCCGAUCAACACGCCCACAAGCGGCGAUACAAUCAUCCUGCUGACCCCGGACGGACGCCCAAUCAAAUCACCGCAAUGCCAGUGGGACGAAGACGAGGACGCUGACGUGGAUAUCUCUGCGUCUGUGCAGCUCAUAGACAUCGCACCGAAUGCAGCAUCCGACACCGAUCCCUUCGUCUUUGGCGUCGCCGUAUCCGGGUCUUCAGUGUCGCUGCUCAGCUUACCCGCGAAUGUCAUCCUGAGCACUUUUGACACACCCAAUAGCAUGGCCAUAGCCUCCGCAACCGUCAUCAACUGGUCUGUUCCCUUCACCAGCCCGUCUGGCGAGACUGUGGGCAAUGUGCUGCACUGUGGGCUGGUGCUGCUAGACGAUGUGGGCAACCUAUCGCUUCUCAGCUUACCCGACCUCAAACCCAUCGUACCUGCCGCACAGACAACGCUAAAAGGGUUGACUGGGAUUCCUUCAGUCAGUCCGGACGGAAGGCUGGUGGCCAUUUCACACACUGGCAGCGUAGAACAUUGGUCCAUUAUCAGAGCGGAAAAUAGGCUAGGGCUGCCUGCUAGCUUAGGGUGCUUUUUCACACCUGGCAUUCUACUGCCCCCACGUGAAACUGCCGGUGGGGGUUUCCUGUCGUCCGUCUUCGGAGGAAAUGACGCGUCCGUGGACAGGGCUUCUUUGUUCACAAUGUCUGAUGGCAGUGACGCUAUGCAACGCAUUGCGGGUGCGAGGGAGCACAGAGACACAGCGAAGCAGAAGAUGAUGGACACCAAACAGCAAAGCGAAACCAUUGGCGACACCAUGCGAGAGAACAAGCAGAUGCUCCAAGAGCGAGGCGAGAAACUGGAAAGUAUCGGUGACAAGACAGAAGAUAUGAAGAACGACGCACAGAACUUCCUGGGAAACAUCAGGGAAUACAACCGAAAACAAGCGGCCAAGAAAUGGUACCAAAUUUAG